AUGCAUAGGUCACAUUCGGACAUACGACCAUACGGUUGCAAGCAGUGCAACUUCAAUUUCAAAACGAAAGGCAACCUCACAAAACAUUUACAAUCAAAAACACAUCGCCGUCGCAUGGCCGAGAAGCAGAAGCAAGAAGUGAUGGAACAGGACUCAGACAGCGACCACGACCGACUCGAAAUCGCCAGCCCGGCGUGCAGCGCAUCCACUUUCAGCAACGAUCCGCUUUCUGAUGAUGAAUGGUACUCGCUGCAGUUGUACAUAACUUUGGCAUUUUCGCUAGCCACUCCAUCGUCGUAG